CAGUGCCUCAGUGUGCCUCCGUGUGCCUCAGUGACAGAGCUGCUCUCAGGUCACAGUGUGCUUCAGCUGAGGGGGGGACUCUCUUGGAGGAGUUAGAAUGGACGGACAGUGACCACACUCCUCUCUCUCUCUCUCUCUCUCUCUCUCUCCCUGGCUCUCUCUCUCUCUGGGAAACCCUUCUUCUCUCUUUUCCCUGCUCGUCUCCGCGGUGUCCUGACGUAGUCCAGUCUCUCUUGGCAACCUCGGGGACACCUGUCGCGUCUCAGGCAUCAGCAAUGAGAGGACGAUGGAGCUCCUACUCCAUGUCUGUGCUGCUCUCUCUGAUCGUGCUGUGGCAGACCCGGUCAAGAGCAGAUUCCAAUUCAACACGUAAAACCAUCGACAUCACAACCUUCACCAAGAUCCUGGACAGUCUGCUGGAUGGAUAUGACAACAGAUUGAGACCAGGCCUGGGAGACCGCGUAACUGAAGUGAAGACUGACAUCUAUGUGACCAGCUUUGGUCCAGUGUCUGACACAGAUAUGGAGUACACUAUAGAUGUUUUCUUCCGUCAGAGAUGGAAGGAUGAGCGCCUUAAGUUUCAUGGACCAAUGAACAUUCUCCCUCUCAACAACCUGAUGGCCAGUAAGAUCUGGACCCCUGACACUUUCUUCCACAAUGGCAAGAAAUCUGUUGCCCACAAUAUGACGAUGCCCAACAAGCUGCUGAGAAUCAUGGAGGAUGGAACCUUGCUCUACACUAUGAGGCUCACGGUCCAAGCUGAGUGUCCUAUGCACCUGGAAGACUUUCCCAUGGACUCUCACUCGUGUCCUCUGAAGUUCGGCAGCUAUGCCUACACAAAGACAGAGGUUACGUACCUCUGGACUCGUAAUGCCUCCCAGUCAGUGGAUGUUGCAGCUGAUGGAUCCAGACUCAACCAGUAUGAUUUGGUGGGCCAGAGUGUGGGGAAGGAGACCAUUAAAUCCAGUACUGGUGAAUACACAGUCAUGACAGCUCACUUCCACCUGAAGAGAAAGAUCGGCUACUUUGUGAUCCAGACAUACUUACCCUGCAUCAUGACCGUCAUCCUGUCUCAGGUCUCCUUCUGGCUCAAUCGAGAAUCUGUGCCAGCCAGAACUGUGUUUGGUGUAACUACAGUCCUCACAAUGACAACCCUAAGUAUUAGUGCCCGUAAUUCACUGCCUAAAGUGGCCUAUGCUACAGCUAUGGACUGGUUCAUUGCUGUCUGUUAUGCCUUUGUCUUCUCUGCACUCAUUGAAUUCGCUACGGUCAACUACUUCACCAAGAGAGGCUGGGCCUGGGACGGAAAGAGCGUGGUCAGGGAAAAGAAAAAGGAAGCCUCCAUCAUGAAGAAGAACAAUGCCUAUGCUGUAGCUGUGGCUAACUACGCUCCCAACAUUACAAAAGACUCGACGCUGUCCACCAUCUCCAAGUGUGCCCAGAAUGAAACCAACAAAACCACGGCAGAGACGAAGCCCGAGAACAAGAAAACCUUUAACAGCGUCAGCAAGAUCGACCGCAUCUCUCGCAUCAUGUUCCCUGUGCUGUUUGGGAGCUUUAACCUGGUUUAUUGGGCCACCUACCUGAACAAAGAACCGGUCAUUAAAGAUCUGGAUCUUUCCAAAUGAACUGCUGGGACUGACUCCAACACUCCAAGCCCUAUUCAGGAAUUAUACAUGUGCUGGUAUUACAUGCAUAGAGAGUUAUCUGUCUUUACCGAGUACAAUUUUAGAUCAAUUCAGGUACAUAUCAUAACUGGGUUAGAAUAAACCUGAGAGCUCACAUACCGAGUGUAAGUGCCAAACAGCAUCCUCUGCCAUUGUGUCAUUAUCUUAGUUUCACUUGUUGAUUCAGCUGCUCAAGCUGAGAGGAAAGGAAAACUCAUGGAUGAUCCAUAUCUUUUUCCUCCUGGAAACGAGAAAUGGGAAGUGUUCAUUUUGUAUUAAGCCUACUUAAGCAUUCCAAAUGUUUUAAUAAUUACAGCAUUUAAUAUCAGAAAACAAUUUAUUACUGGAAGAAUCUGAAAAUACUUCAUUCUAAAUCCAACCAGGGACCUUCGUCACAUUUCUUAACCUAUAUUCCUCUCCCUAUGUUUUCUGUUAACAACAAAUAAAGGAAAGGCCAUGUUUAAACAUGAAACCAAUCGGGGUUUUUUGCUGCAUUGCUUUUUGAUAAUGAAUCAAAUGAGGAAAGGUCAUUAAGUGACAAACCCACAGAGAAUAAUCAGCAACUUUACCUCAGCUCUCCGGAGCUUUUUAGCCCUUCUUUCAUUCAUCAACUUUUGGCCAAGUUGUGGUUCAACAUCAUUCCCAGCAGCAGCAGGCCUUUCUGGAGUUGGUGGAGACCAAACCAGAAAUAAAAAUAACUAACACAAGCAAAUAAUAGGAUCAAAUAAGGUUUUAUAUCAACUUUCAACAAAUCUGACUAAUUUGCAUUACUUGCUUUGAGAAAUAUUAUUAUUUAUUUAUGUAUUCAUUUGUACAUUUAAUUGGUGCUCACCAAUUAUGAUACGGUGAUAAUUAGGAGGUAUUUAUCUUGUAAUUUGGGGGAAAGAAAAAAAACGUAUUAACUAAAAAGUAUAGACCAAAAAGUAUAGACCAAUUAUUUUUGCUGUUAAAUUUGUCAGUGCUUUGCUAAAACAAUGUAGGACCGUACCAACUGCCAAGAUAAAGUAACUACAUUAAGUUAAUCAAACAAGAUCUGUGUAUUUCCUGGAGCUUCACACAGUCAAAGCUACACAUGUCCAUUAUUAAGAGCUCUCCUGAGGCUUCCAGUGUUAAAAGUAAAUGACCCGUUAAAUGUUUCCUGGUUAACGUACUCAAGCCCCAAGGUUUGCGUAAAACCUGAUGGCCAAUGUUAGUACUCCAUAAAUGUUCAGUGGGGCUGAGGGCCGCUGACUGUUUCGGAAAGUCCAUCACAAGCAGGACUCCUUCGUCGUCUUUGGUCAUCAUCCUGCUGCAGUAUGAACCUUUCCACGCAGAUACAAACCAACGGGCAUGUUUCUGAAUGACGGAGCUUGCUUCUCUUUGUCCAUUCAGUGCAGGUGAACACUGGCUGCAUUUGACUCACUUUAAUAGGCCUUUGAUGAGUAGGACAACUAACAGGAUUGCUGACCUAAACGGUGAAACUUAAAUAUUUCUUCAUUUUACAUGACACGACAUAUUGUGUUUUGAAAUGUUACUGAAACUUCACAUUGUCUGAUUACACACUCAAGCACACAUACAUGCAUAAUAUGUACAUAUAUACAUAUACACUGAUGGUCCAGGUGGUUUGAGAACGUAGCAUGAAACACAUUACCCUCCUACAUAUAAACUCAACAAGAUCUUUUGGUCAACAUGAGAAUGUUAACAAUCAAUAAUAUCGAGCCAUUAAGUUCAUCCUGGAUCUUGUGCAACAUAAUAACAUUGAUUUGAGGUUCUCUUAUCAUGUUCGUCUACAUGCCACCUACUACUACUGUUUAAAAAGCUUGUUCAGUCGUCAGCCCAUCAUCUCAGUGUGGGUUUUUAAAGGUUUUGUGUGAGAUUUGUUUCUGUGGUGUGUAUUGAACACAUUAUCAGGAGCAUCCUGCAGAAACCGCUCAGCCGGUCGGUGCAGUGAAGCUCUCAUCGGCUCAGCCUUUGUGCUGUCAUCACCAGUCUGACCCAGUAUGUGACCUUAUGUAGCACAUUUACUGUUCACUAUCCUAGCACACCCUGCUGCUGCUUCCUGGGAACAUCAGUCACCGCCCACCCAUCGCCCACCUGUGCGCUCAGUUUCUUCACAUUAUAACAUGAAUAUGUGUGUGCCCUCUCUAUUUUAGGGAAAUUGAUAACACAGAUGGCAAAAUGUAAUUAAUUAAUAAUAAAAACCUUUAGAAAACUAUAUCUGCAUUAUAUACACGUAUCUCACUGACUGUUAAUGAUGGUGGAGGAAGUCACGUCCCUUUAUCACUUACGUUUCCUUUGUAUCAUUAUUCUUGAGGUGUUCCCUGUGAAAGUGACAUUGCACUGUUUUUUAAAAUAAACAAUAUUCAAACAGAAA